AUGCCUGACGCUCGCAAUACGCAGGCUCAGGGCCAAACCGAGGAGGAGGAGACUACCUUCUCAAGGAUAUUCAGGAUAGGCCAGCAAAUGUUCAUGAUAUGGGCCGUCAUGCAGAUUGCUACCAAGUUCCUCGGAGGCAGUCAACAACCACCCAAGGCCGGAGAUACCCCCUCGAAUCCCGAUAGACCUGUAGAUAAAAUUGACCCUCGCAAGCUCCCUCCGGUCGACGCCGUGCCAUACUGGCCCAUUGGUACUUCCCUCAACAUGCACGUCUACCUCUCGACGUCGGCCAAAGGAGACGUGUUCACGAAAUGGACCGAGGGGUAUAGGAAGAACAGGGACGAGGGCCUGCCGAAUUUCGUGUGGAAGAAUAUCACGUAUGGCGACUAUAGUGAUUCGAGGACUGUGGAUUAUGAGAUUAAGUUCCCGGAGUAUGUGCUGAGGAACGGUUCAUUAUGGGCCGAUAUCUACCUCACGAAGUCUGAGGUGGAUCUCGACCCGAGAAGUGAGGCAUACGAUCCUAGAGGCGUCCACCACGUUCGGAAAUUGUUGACACCGUAUCUUGCGCGACUCAAAGCAAGGAAGGAAAAAAAUCUUCUUUCUGGACACGAGCAAGAGGGCGACGAGGUUGAGGAGCCUGAUAUUAUUGCUCCACACUGGCACCAAAAUGUCACCUUGGCACUCAUAUCUGACCCACACAUAGUCCCUUACUCGGCGUUACCAGCUCCCUUGGCUGAACAUAUCUAUUUGGUUCACGGGCAGCGCGACGAGACCGGCAAACGAGGAUACUACAAGCCCAUCAUCUUCCCCAACGAGUUCUGGCACCUGCGUCAACACUACGUCCAAAUCAACGAGACUACUCCCUCUCUUCCCCUUCAGAUAACUUUCCAGCCCAUGUCGUUUUUGAAGUUCCAGAUAUUUGCUUCAAUGACUCACGGAUUUAAUGAGGCGGCGAAACAGCAAGGAAGCUCUUCGGCCGAGCUUGAUGAGAUAAAACGCAUGCUGCUUGAGACCAACUCAUGGUUUUUGGGGCUAACUGCACUCGUCAGCAUUCUCCAUGUUGUUUUCGAGAUGUUGGCGUUCAAGUCUGACGUCUCGCAUUGGCGUCAGAAGAAGGAGAUGGUCGGCGUCUCUGUUCGAACCAUCGUCACGAAUGUCUUCGUUCAGACCAUCAUUCUACUCUAUCUCAUCGAUAAUAACGAGAACACAAGUUGGAUGAUUCUUAUGGGGUCCGGCAUGGGUGUCGUCAUCGAAGCCUGGAAGAUCACCAAAGCUGUGGAUAUCACUGUGGUCCCCGCCCCAGCAGGGUCACUUCUCCCGUACCACCUUGACAUCAAAGACAAGCACGUUCUGAGUGAAGAUGAGAAGAAAACUCAAGAAUAUGACCGUCUUGCCUUCCGCUACGUGUCGUAUGUGGCUAUCCCACUGUUGGCGGGGUACACAGUGUACUCGCUCGUGUACGAGUCACACCGUGGCUGGUACAGUUUCGUCAUCUCGACGCUUACAUCUUUCGUGUACAUGUUCGGUUUCGCGCAACUGGUUCCCCAGUUGAUCAUCAACUACAAACUUAAGAGUGUGGCGCACAUGCCUAUGAAGGCAAUGAUAUACAAGACCCUGUCCACGGUUGUCGACGACCUGUUUGCGUUCUGUAUCAAGAUGCCAUUCCUGCACCGCCUAGCUUGUUUCCGAGACGACGUCGUGUUUCUCAUCUUCUUGUAUCAGCGCUGGAUCUAUCGCAUCGACCCAAAGCGGGUGAACGAGUACGGACAGGUGCUGGCCACGGACGUAAACGAGACCGAGGGGGUAGAGAGCAAAAAGGACAAGUAG